GGUGUGUUUGGUGCAGAAACAAAUGAAAUACAGUCAGUGUCAGUGAUGGAGGGAGAUUCUGUCACUUUAAAAACUAAUGUUACUGAAUUACAUGAAGACGAUGAAAUAGCAUGGAAAUAUGGAGCUGAAAAGUCUCUCAUAGUUAAAAUCAGCAAUGAGAAACAAAUCUUCUCAACAUUUGAUGUUCCUGAUGAGAGAUUCAGAGACAGACUGAAGGUGGAUCAUCAAACUGGAUCUCUGACAAUCACAAACAUCACAACUCAACAUGCUGGAGACUAUGAACAACAGAUAAGGGGAGCGAGACUGUCAUCAAAAACAUUCAGUGUUUAUGUCUACGCUCAUCUGCCUGUACCUGUCAUAAGAAGAGACUGUUCUUCAUCAUCAUCAUCAUCACAGCAGAACUGUUCAUUGUUGUGUUCAGUGGUGAAUGUGGGUCAUGUGACUCUCUCCUGGUACAAAGGAAACAGUUUAUUGUCCAGCAUCAGUGUGUCUGAUCUCAGCAUCAGUCUCUCUCUACCUCUGGAGGUGGAAUAUCAGGAUAAAAACAGCUACAGCUGUGUGCUCAACAAUCCCAUCAGCAACCAGACCACACAUCUGGACAUCACUCAGCUCUGUCACACAUGUUCCGUUACAGGCUCUGGAUCUCUGAUAGUGCUGAUCUGUACUGCUGGAUCUUUGUUGAUUGUAGCUGCAGUCGUGAUAUUCUGGAGGAAACACAGAAAAACGAAUCAAGAAGUUCAGACUCAUACAGAAGAGAUCACUUACAUUGAUCCGAUAUUCCACAAAAGAAACGCACAGAAAUCGCAUGUUAAAGAAGAAGAUCAUGUGGAGUAUGUACCUGUUGCCACGAGAAGAUGA